CGGUCUUCCCGGAAUGAAUUUUGUGUAGAAUUAUUUACGUGAAGGACAAGGCGCCUUUUGUAAUUUUUCGUCAGGAAUUCCUUCAAGAAAUGGCGAGGAGGGUGAAUUUUGAGGUCUUCAAAGAGCCAAGAGCUUUCAUAAAGAUUUUGGAGAUAGGUAUUGCAGUUUUUGCAUUCUCGGCAACUGGAGGGUUUUAUAGCGAGUAUAGAGUGAACACAAAGCAGGUGUCUCCAGAAGGAUGUAUUAUUAAAACCCUCUCUAUCAUAUCUUGGGGAAAUUUGAGUAUCCUUUUGAGGAUGGCAAUAUAUACAUAUCAAACCUCACAGAUGCAACGUUGAUUGCAAAGUGUAUCAACAGUAGCAUAAUUGUGGAACAAUCUAUACAGCCUCUGAAAAUUGGUGGAAAACACAAAAGCAAUGCCGAAUUCUUUGUGUUUACUGGCGCUUCCACACUUGUAUAUUGUCUGAUUGCCUGCAUUUACUAUGCAGUUCUAGAAAAUCCCACUGAACACAUGUAUUCUACAGACUUUGGUUGGUGUUCUUGGGUUGUAAUAGAUUUUCUUGUUGGUGUGUUGAUAACUGUAUUCUGGUUUGCUGGCUCAAUUGCAUUGGCAGCAGGAUUACCUGGUCUAAAAGAUGACACAUCCCCUCUUACAUAUAUGAAGAGCUCUUACAUUUGUAGCCAUGAAAAUGUGCAAUGUGAUAUUGCCAAAGAACCCAACUAUGCCACACUUAAGGUUUCAAUAAUCCUUGGCUUUCUCAAUCUGUUUGUGUGGCUGGGAAACCUGUGGUUCUUGUUCAAAGAAACUCCUUGGCACAAUCCACGUAAUGACGGCAAUGAAAGAGAGCCUGUUCAGUAACUUCCGAUGUUGGUUUCAAUUUGUGAAAGAUUUUUCGAACAAACAUUGUCAUGCGUAUUUAUCUAGAAAGAUUUAAUGAAUUGUUUGAUGGUGUUUCUUGAUUUAAAUGUCUUGUGUCACGCUGUCAAAUGCUGCAGUAUAUAUUAACGUUUGAUAUUGUUGUGAUAUCUAUUUCUUUUUCAACUUCAAAUGAAUUUUGGAAUGAGUUUUACACCUGGGACUUCAUAGUAUGAUAGUAGAUUCUUUCGUAUGUGUACCUCUGAUUUCAGUCUCAGAUUAUUUUCAGUCUAUAUAGAUCAAGUUAAGUUCCAUCAAAAUCUGGAGUGAUAUUUUGAUCAGGAAUUGAAACUCAUUCCAAAUCAAUUUAGCCAGCUUUUAGUUUGUUGUAAGCGUUGCAAAAUUUUCACAAGUAGUUACGCACUGUUAUAUUAAUGACGUUCUCUGCAGAAGACUUGUAGAUCUUUGAACAUGUGUUCCAUGCAUAAUGAGGACUCACGAGGCACGAGUUAAAAUUUGUUACACUAAGGGACUAUGUACUUCCAUAUUUUGAUAUAGUCUUGCACUGAAGAAAAUUUGAGCAUUUAUGUAUAAUUUAUUAUCAAACUUGCUUUGAUCAGAUGAAAAUGCUGUUUGUUCCAAA